GAAGGUGACGUUUUAGGCUCUGAGGGAUACUACUCAAAAGCUGUUAGGAGGCUAGCUGACCUCUCUCCUGAAUCUCAUUUGCCAGUUGCUGGGUGAGAGGACUCACGUGUGCUUAAAUCUAUUUUGAGGACACUUGUAUCUAGAGAUUGGCCUUGUCUUUUAAUAAUCGGCCUGGAUUUCCUAAGUGGUCUCUGUGGUUGGUAAGGGCCAAAGACAUGAAGAACCGGCUUGCUUUCCUGAGGAGGAGGAAUGAGUCUCCCGGAAGCAACCCACCCGGCAAAUUCGACAAAUCGUUGAAGUCGUCAGUAAAGCCCACCCCGGAGGAGGCACUCAAAUGGGGGGAAUCUCUGGACAAGCUGCUGGCCCACAAAUAUGGCCUGGCAGCGUUCAGAGCUUUCCUGCGCACAGAAUUCAGCGAGGAGAAUCUGGAAUUCUGGUUGGCGUGCGAGGAUUACAAGAAGAUUAAGUCGCAAUCCAAGAUGGCGUCCAAAGCCAAGAAAGUCUUUGCUGAAUACAUUGCCAUCCAGUCUUGUAAAGAGGUGAACUUGGACUCGUACACCCGAGAGCACACCAAGGACAACCUUCAGAAUGUGACGCGCUCCUGCUUCGACCUGGCCCAGCGCAGGAUAUACGGCCUGAUGGAGAAGGACUCGUACCCUCGUUUCCUCCGCUCAGAGCUCUACAUGGACUUAGUCAACCAGAAGAAGGCCAGCACCACGUCCACCUCCUCAUCGUCGUAAACACGCAGAGAUCAAGAUAGAAAGUGAGAGACGACGACGAAAGAGAGAAGGCAGAGACUUGAAAGCAGGGGGAGGUAGAUUUUUUUCAUGUUCGCCUUUUUGUUUUGUUUCUGCCUUCAUCCUGUCCCAUCAUGAGUUGGGUGUGAGAAAGACGGCGAGCUAGGCCGUGGCACUGAAGGGGGUGUUGUGUACACAACGACCAUGACAACAGGCUGAUGGAGGGCGGAUGGAGAGCCCAGUUAGGACAGCUGGUCACCGCCAUGUGAGGGCUUGUCCAAGGGUUUCUCGGAUCACUCUCAUUGAUCACUGUCUGUCGUUCAUAAUGACAUAUGUUAGUUUGUCCGUAUUUAAGUUAUCUUCCGGAUGUACUGGAAAAAGGGUUGAAACCUCUGCAGACAUGAAGACAGUCCAGUACUGUGUUGAUGCAAAUCUUUUAUUUAGUAAUUUUUUUGACAUCCCCUAUCCUCCUCCUCCUUUGGAGCCAGUUCAAAUGCUGUUGGUACGAUACAGAGGUUUGUUUUGUCCUAGUUUUUCCAUGUCUCACAAAGCUUUCAUGACCAUUUUCAAAUGGGCUUGCGAGAAAAAGGAGAAAUUGGGUUGCUGGAUCAAUGUCUGAAUGAAAAGACGUUUUUUGAGCUUUUUUCUGUUGUCAAGUUCUCCAAUUCACGGCGUACACACCUCUUCAAGCACAGUCGGCAUCUGUUCUGUUCAGCACCCUCUCACAGGGUCCCACCUCGUCGCAUUCAUCUGUUCAGCACCCUCUCACAGGGUCCCACCUCGUCGCAUUCAUCUAAAGAAUACGGCAAAAGACACAGAGACAGAGAGAGAGAGACAGAUGGAGAAAAUCAAAAAUAUCAACAAUGGAACGGACCAAAACUGCAAAAGCAGAAAUGUGCCACUCACUCGAAAACAUAUUGGGGGGAAAAAAAGACUUGCUGCCUGUCUCCAAAGACUGUCGAAAAAAAUCUGCAAUUCAUUGUAGCUCCACCUGGACUGAACAAGGCAGCAUUCUCAGGACAUUAAGGCACUUGACUAUGAAGCUUCCAAGCUUGAAUUUGUUUUUCAUUUUCGUUUUUACACAUAAAAUGUUUUCUUUUUUUAAUCGUUUUAGGUUCAAACCUGCACUCCAUAGGUAUACUGAGCAAUACUGUUGGGAGGAUGCUCUUUUCAUAGACAUAAAAAAGAAAAAAACUGCUUCACCUGUACAAAGGUUUGCCUAUUUAUUUAGAUACCUUGCUGGAUGCUUCACCCAUUGCACUCAGCUAAAAGCGCUCCCUCCCCCUAACCAUGAAACAGGUCCACCGCUGUCCUGACUUUAAGUGCAAUAUGUUAUUGUUUAUUUUCCUUUUUUGGGGGGAUAAGUUUCAAUUUUGAUUGGAAAGACAAUGGCUUGAGCUCUGUAUUAUACACUUUAUUUGUAAGAGUCAUGUUGCAAAAUUCAGCUAUAAGGUUGAUUUACAGUUUAAGUAAAUAAACAAGAAAAGAUACAUGAAUUAAGCAAGUAAUUCUAACUGUGUACCCUGGCAGCAGGCAGCUAGGGGUUAAGGAUGUACAUAUAAUUCUUUAAGAAAACAAAGAAAAAACAAGAAAACAAUAGGUUUCGCAUCGAGCUGGAACCUGGCUGUAUCUAUGUAAAUAUGAGAGACUCAAAGCUAUAAGAUGACAUGUAUUGUUAUAAAAAUGAGGAAGGUCCACCCUUUCCUGGUCAUACAAUGCUUGUCAGGAGUUUAUGAAGUUUAUGAAAUGUAUUUGAUCAUUUUCACUGUUUACAAUUCAAACCCAACUCCUAAGAUAGCAAGCAAAAAAUAAAAUAGAAAUACAUUUGGUGUCAUUGCUGAAGAUAAAUAAAACAACCAACUGGUGAAAUAAUAAA